AUGGAUGAAUGGCCUGUGCCUCCUUAUAAUAACUUACAAACUAUAACAAAUGCGCUUGUGAACUAUCGAGUGGCAUGUUGUUAUACGAUCAGUGAUGUAAUCAUCAUGCCUCCAAUAUAG